AUGGAGGAAAAAGAUUUGAAGAAGGUUUUGAGAGAGGGUGAUGAGAUGAUAGGAGUAGUGAUUAAAGUGAUGGAGGAUCAUGCUGAAGAUAAUGAUGAGACUCAGGAGUUUAAGAGGAUUUUGAAAGGAGUUGUAGUGGAAGUACUGAAGGAGAUUACUGACAAGUUUAAGAAGAUGAUAAUGGAGGAUAUCAAGAAUCUUUAUAGUCAUGCUCCUUUUGCACCCUCUUCCAUUUCCGACACUACUACAUUAACGAGCAAUGGCGACGCUCUAUUGCGACGAUUAGUUUUGAACCGUAGCAAUAGAUACUCUAUUGCGACAGAAAUGGAUAAGUGGUGGGAAUUUCCUAGAUGGAGUUAUGAUUAUCAAAAAGGAGCGGAUGAAUACAUUGAAAAAGCUUUUGCUACAAGGUCCCAAGGAAAUCAAAUUAGUUGCCCAUGUUGUAUGUGUUAUCAUCGAUAUUGGUAUGGUCGGAAUGACGUGAAAGAUCAUAUCAUUUGCAAUGGUUUUGUACCAAGAAGUGAUGAAUUUUCUGGGUUUGGGAAGAUGGGUGAUGAAACAGAAUUAGAGGCACAUGAUGAACCAUUGAACAUGAAUGAUGAUAUACAAGAAAUGUUUAACGUUACUCUGAGAGAAGGGCCAAAUGAUGAGGCAAAGAAGUUUCUUAGUCUAAUAGAAGAAGGCCAACAAGAAUUAUAUCCUGGUUGCAAAAAAUUCUCUAGACUUGCGUUUACAAUUCGCCUUUAUAUAUACAAGUGUGAUCAUAAGUUGAGUAAUGUUGCAUUUUCUGCUUCGCUAGCAUUGUUUAAAGAAGUUCUACCCGAUGAUUCUGUAUUACCAACAUCGUUGAAUGAGGCAAAAAAAGUGUUGAAAGUUUUAGGUUUAGAUUAUAAAAAAAUCGAUGCGUGGCCUAAUGACUGCGUGCUAUAUUGGGAGGAGCAUGCAACUGCAACAAGUUGUCAUGUUUGUGGGGCCUCAAGGUGGAAAUCGAAGGAAAAUGAUCACACUGAAUAUACCUCAGAAAAGGCACAUAAAAUUCCAGCAAAAAUUCUAAGAUACUUUCCACUUAAGAAAAGGUUGCAAAGGUUAUAUAUGUGUGCCGAAACUGCUAAUUACAUGAAAUGGCAUGCAAAUGGUCGAGGAAAAGACGGACUUGGACUUUUGCAACAUCCGGUGGACGGUGAAGCUUGGAAGAACUUUGACAAAUUGUAUCCAAAAUUUGCUCAAGAUCCUCGUAAUGUGAGGCUUGCAUUAGCCACAGAUGGGUUUAACGCAUUUAAUUCAAUGAGCAUUGUGCAUAGUACAUGGCCAGUAAUUUUGGUCAUUUAUAACUUGCCUCCAUGGUUGGCCACAAAGUCAGAGUUUCUAAUUUUGUCAUUACUUAUUCCCGACCCAUUGUCUCCUGGAAAAGAUAUUGAUAUCUACUUUCAACCACUUAUCAAAGAUCUUAAUGAUUUGUGGGAGUUUGGCCUAGAAACAUAUGAUGCGUCAACAAAUACAAGGUUUGACAUGCAAGUAGGUUUGGCUUCUACUAUUAGUGAUUUUCCUGCUUAUGCAAUGGUAUCUGGUUGGAGCACAAAAGGUAAAACAACUUACCUAUAUUGUCAUUAUGAAAUUGAUUCAGUGUGGUUACCAUAUAGUCACAAGUAUUGCUACAUGUGUCAUCGCAAAUUUUUGGAUACUGAUUACCCGUGGCGUUUUAAUAAAAGAAACUUCAAUGGAAAAAUUGAUGAACGAAUUGCACCCGUGCCUUUGACGGGAAUUGAGAUUGAGGAAUUGCUUUGUGAUUUUCCAAAUCAUUAUGAAAAAAAGCAACCUAAGAUGAAACAAGCAGAGGAUGAUCCUAAUCCGUGGAGAAAGAUGUCCAUACUUUUUAAGUUGCCUUAUUGGAAACAUUGUUCUAAUCCCCAUAAUUUGGACGUCAUGCACAUAGAAAAGAAUGUGUUUGAUAAUAUUGUUGUGACAUUGUUAGCCAUUCCUGGGAAGACAAAAGAUAAUUUAGCUGCUCGUCGAGACCUAAAAGACCUCCGAGAAAAGAAAGACCUACGUUGGGUUCCUGAGUUGGAGAUUAAAGAGUUAGAAGAUGGAACUAAAGAGGUUCCAACAUCAAGGUUUUGGAUGAAUGCCAAUGAAAGACGAUUGUUUUGCCAAACCAUAAAAAAUGCAAAGCUACCACAAGGUUAUGCCUCAAACAUUGCUCGUUGUGUGCAAGUAAAUGAACGAAAAAUCACAGGAUACAAGAGUCAUGAUGCACAUUUUAUGAUGCAUUACUUGCUCCCAAUUGCCGCAAGCAUUACCUUAAAUAAAGAAGUUGCAACGCCUUUGAUAAGGCUUUCUAAUUUUUUCAAGGGUAUAUGGAAAAAAACAAUUAACCCUCAAGAUGUUAAUAAACUUCAUUCUGAGAUAGUUGAAACUUUAUGUCAAUUUGAGGGGAUUUUUCCACCAGCUUUUUUUGAUGUCAUGGUUCAUUUGCCGGUUCACUUAGUAGAACAAAUUAAGCUUGGUGGACCUGUUGCAUUAAGGUGCAUGUAUGCAAUUGAGAGAUAUCUUCAGGAAUUGAAGUCAGAUGUUCGGAAUAAGGGUCGUCCGGAGGCUUCAAUGGCUGAAGGCUUCUUGGUCAAGGAAUGUGCAAGAUUUGUUGCUCGAUAUCUAAUUAGGUCAAAAGGUCCAAGUGCACACGUUAGUGAGCCUUCUAUUUCACAAGAAUUUCUUCCAAAGCUUGGACAUCCUAUCAGGGGAAGAGGAAAAACAUCAAAGAAGAAACAGGUUGGGUUUGUCAUCGAUCAAAUCACAUGGAGUCAAGUGCACCAAUAUGUCUUGUUCAAUUGCAAUUGUGAAGAAGUUGAGAGAUACAUUAAUGAGCACAAAGCAACAGUAGAGACUCAUCGAAAGAGAAAAUGGGAUACGGCUCAAAUUCAUUGCAAGGAUUUCAAAGAUUGGUUUAAAGUGGCAAUCACAUUGAAGGUUGAUGAAGGUCAACCUGUCUUAGACCAUGUCAGUGGGUACUAUGUCAAUGAUUACAGGUUUUAUACUAUGAAACGAGAGGCAAAUUAUGCCACACAAAAUAGUGGAGUAACUUUAACGGCGUUAACACAUAGUUUUGCUAGUAGUAAGGAUAAAAAUCCUUCAGUGGGAAACGUCAUGUAUUAUGGUUCUAUGGAAGAGAUUAUUGAGAUAUCUUAUCAUGAUCAUUUUAGUGUUGUCUUGUUUAGAUGUGUUUGGUUUCAUUCAGAAAUAAAUGAACAUCAACAAUCUUUAGUUAACAAAAAUAAAACAAUAUGUAAAGGAGAACCAUAUAUCUUGGCAUCUCAAGCACAUCAAGUUUUUUAUGUAGAAGAUCCAACCAAAGAAGUUCUUAUUUAUAUGAUUGUUUACAUGUAUUUAUCUAACUUGAUUGAUGUUUUAUGA